GUUUAGCUCCAUGGUUGCCUUCGAUCGUGUUGUGACAGCAAGAAGUUGCAUGGAAGACUUGAAUUAGGAGUGCAUAGAAUCCAAAAUAAGGAAGAGUUUCUAUAGCAGAAAAAUCUUGGGUGAGACAGUGCACCAAUCUGUCCAGCGUAAAGAGGAGAUACUAUAAGGCAGAAGGAUGUCAAGGCUUGUUCAAGCUCCUCCUAAGUUCUUGCACCAAGAAUGGCAGCUUUCUAACCACAGCCAGUAUCAUAAAGCAGAGGUGCAGAGAUCUCAGUCAGAGCAACUGAUCCUGGAAAGUCAACGACUUGUACAGGAAAUUGAGAGAUCAACCAGACUUUCUCAGAAGGAUGUGAACAAAAAAAUAGAUCAGAGGAUUGAAGAUAUAAAGUUCUGGAAAAAAGAGCUUGAAUCUAAAUUGGAGGAGACUGUCAAUGAAAUUGAGGUGAUGCUGACAUACAAGACUCGACUGGAGAAAGCCAUUGAGAGUUGCAAGGAGCCAAUGAAUGUGGCUCAGCAAUGCCUUUUAGAGAGGGAGAAACGUGUUGGCAUUGAUCUUGUGCAUGAUGAUCUAGAAAGGGAGCUCAUCAAGGAGACAGAGGUGAUCCAUGGCGUGUCUGCUCUGCUGCAACGCACACUUGAGCAAACAAAUGAACAGAUCAGGUUGAAUCGCUCAAUAAAGUAUUACCUGGAGAAAGACCUUGAAAACAAAUUCCAUGCUCAAAAGAUCGACGAAGAUUGUGCUGUUUUAACAAAUAACACACCUGAAAUCCAUUAUUCAAGCAGCAUUGUCAAACCUGUGGAGUGCCCUGUGACCCCCGGAGAUUGGGAAGAAUUCUCCAAUGCAAAUAUCCUCAAAGCUGACAAAGAGAAAAAGAGUUCAUUGGCAUUGCGGGCCCUUAUUGACAACCUGCUCCAGCAGACUGCUUCUGACAUGCGCAAGCAGCAGCUGGAUGUCAACAGGGCCCUUCAAGUUAGAAUACAGGAGACCAAGAACAUCAAGGACAAGCUGGAGGAGCACCUUGGAAAGGUGAUGGAGCAGAUACGAGCUCAAGAGACAAGCAUUGACCUACUAAAGAAAGCUAUUGCUGAGAAAGAAGGUCCCAUCAAAGUGGCACAGACCCGAAUGGAGACCAGGCUGCUUCGGCCCAAUGUAGAGCUGUGUCAUGAUCCUGCCCACUAUCGGCUAAUCAGAGAGGUUCAAGAGAUUUCAACUAAUGUCGAGAGGCUUGAAGAGACGCUGGUCCGCGCUGAAGCAGAACUACGUGGGCUGGUCCGAAGUCAGUUGUCACUAGAGGAGGACAUCCAGGUCAAGGCCAAUACGCUGUACAUCGAUGAAGUGCUCUGUGCACAGAUGAGGAGCAGUGUUGCCAUCAACACCUUUUGAGCAGAAGGAUGAGGGGCUUAUCAGAGUGUACAUAUUGUCACUAAAGCUGCAAUAAUGCUCAUAUUGGAGUGAAUGUUUGGAAAGAAACAUUUAAUAAAGUGCUUUUCAUUUUAA